AGCAACAAGAAAAAAUGAUGACUGUCCUAUUGAUGAUCCUUUCAGUUGUACUAGUAGUAUCUACAUUGACUGGAUCUACUAACAAUUACUACAAUGAACCUACUGGUAAUAAAGGAGUCACAGAUUGUUCUGUUACUAAGAAAUUUGCCCAAUUCUUUAAUGUAUCAUUAACUUCAUAUACACUGAUUCGUGGAAAAGAGUUUCAGAUACAUGUCACUUUUCAUAAUAAGAAAACCAUACAAUGGGGUAUACUGCAUUUCACAUUGACAUAUCCUUACAAGAAUUAUAUUAAUAUUACUUUCAUGGAUGAGAAAUUCAAUUUAUGCGACUACAUUGACGAUAUAUUCAAGGUAUAUUGUCCUAUGCCACCAGGAACAUAUCAUACUGAUUCAGUACAAACACUAACAAAGCUCCUUUGGCCAGGUAAAUAUUAUGCCAAAGCUACUGCAUACAUUGAGAAAGGAGAGGAAAUGAUGUGUCUAAUGACAGAAUUUACUGUCAAAUAACUUGAAUAAAAAUAGUGGAAGCACAUAAGUGCAUAAUGAAUUUAAGUUGAUUGUGUUUUCUUAACAAAUGCUGCUUAUUAAAACAUUAAUAAUAAUAAACAAUUCCUUGUAUAACUAGUGAAUAUGCAUUUUUCAUGCAAUCAUUACUAUUAAUAAUAA